AAGGAACAGCAGCGCUAUUGUUUCAAUUCAUCACCGCAGUUUGUUUAUUUCUCAAGGAAUUUUGUGAAAAAUUUCUGAUUUUCGUGAUUUUGCAGUAAAUUAGGUGUGCGCAAUAAUGUCUGGAAUGUCUGCCUUUAGUGACAUGAGUAUGCCAAUAUGGAGCAAUGGUCCAGCUCCUGGGCAAUUCUACAAUUUCCCUGGAGGAAGUUCUUUGCAGAAUCGUGACAUGCAAUUUGGUUUUAAGGGCAGUUUUGGGUCUCAGAGGACAUCGCAACCAAUAACAACUGGAACUUCCGUUGUGGGGCUCAAAUUUCACGAUGGAGUUGUCAUUGCGGCUGAUACUCUUGUUUCUUACGGCUCCCUGGCCAGAUACACCUCAAUUGAUCGAGUUUUUAAGGUGAACGACUACACAAUCAUCGGAGCAGGAGGAGAUUUUGCAGACUUCCAAUUCCUCAAGCAACAUAUUGAUCAGAAAAUUGUUGAUGAUAUUGCCUUCGGGGAUAACUACCAUAUGAAGCCCAAAUCUCUCUACAACUGGCUCAUGAGGGUGCUGUACAACAAGAGAAGUCGUUUUGAUCCUCUCUGGUUGGACAUUGUUGUCGGUGGUAUGCAAGAUGGGGAGCCUUUCUUGGGGCACAUCAAUCUCCGUGGCAGGGCUUAUGAGAAUAACGCCAUUGCCACGGGCUUUGGGCAACAUCUCGCCAUCCCGUUGUUCCGGGAAUACAGUGAGAAUCCGCAGAUUGUUCUCAAUCGCGAUCAAGCACUUGGACUGACAAAGAAAGUCAUGGAGGUUCUCUACUAUCGUGACUGCAGGGGCUUCAAUAAGUACACGCAGGCCAUCGCCACGGCGGAAGGAGUGAAGGUGGAAGGUCCAAUCUCUGUGGAUCAGAACUGGAAUGUUGCCCACAUGGUCAAAGGCUUCUAAAGGCAGGUGACACGCAUUUUUUUCCUCUCGAUUUGAUAAAAGAAAUAAAGAAAACCAAAAAAAAAUCUGACAGUAUAUU